AUGAAGACCCCGUUUGGAAAGGCGGCUGCAGGGCAGCGGUCCAGGACAGGCGCAGGACACGCCAGUAUGUCUGUUACCAUGAUGAAGAGGAAGGCUGCACACAAAAAGAAUAGGAGCAGACCCACGUCCCAGCCUCAGAGGAACAUAGUGGGCUGCAGAAUUCAGCACGGAUGGAAAGACGGAGAUGAACCUCUAACACAGUGGAAGGGAACUGUUCUGGAUCAGCUCUUAGAUGAUUAUAAAGAAGGUGACCUCCGCAUCCUUCAAGAUUCCAAUGAUUCUCCUCCCGCAGAGAGGGAGCCAGGAGAAGUUGUAGACAGCCUAGUAGGCAAACAGGUGGAAUAUGCCAAAGACGAUGGCUCCAAGAGAACUGGCAUGGUCAUUCAUCAGGUAGAAGCGAAACCCUCUGUGUACUUCAUCAAAUUUGAUGAUGAUUUCCAUAUCUAUGUCUACGAUUUGGUAAAAACAUCUUAG